AUGAAACUGUGGCUUUUUGCCUGCCUGGUUGCCUGCUUUGUUGGGGCCUGGAUGCCGGAAACUCAUGCCCAAGGUGCCUUUGAAGACUGCUGCCUGGGUUACCAACCCAGGAUCAGAUGGAAUAUUCUCCGGCAUGCUAGGAGUUAUCACCGGCAGGAAGUGAGUGGAAGCUGCAACUUACGUGCUGUCAUAUUCUACUUCCGACAGAAAGUAGUGUGUGGGAAUCCAGAGGACAUGGAUGUGAAAAGGGCAAUGAGGGCUUUGUCAUCUAGGAAAAAGCCAGUCCACAGUCACCGGAAGAGCAUCUCAGACUCUCAGACUGAUAGGAAGAAGUCAAACCAUAUGAAGUCUAAGGUGGAGAACCCCAACAGAACAAGCAUAAGGAAUGCCACCCUACAUCAUUCUAGGAUGAUGUCCAGAAAGACCGACAAUUAAAUUAAUGACUCAGAGUAAGCACCAGCUGGAGGAUGGGAGGAGUCCCCUGAAGUGCUGUCUUCUAGGCAUGACAAUGAACUCAUUGAAGCUACAGUUUCCUGUACAAGA